CACACACACACACACACGUGUUCAAACUGCGUCCCGGGGCAGCACGCGCACUCACCGCAUCACUGUCCGGUCGUGGGAUGGAUGAACCGGGCGCGCUGCAUCAGCGGAACGGGACCGCCGCGGGUGCGCGCAUGCACGGGCAGUUCACGGACGCGGACACCGGGCGGCUCACACACGCUCUGACUCUGUCGGACAGCUGUCUGACCGUGCAGAACAUCAGCUCCUCUUCACCGCCGGAGCACCUGGACCUGCGCGACUGCCUGUGGAGCCGCGCGCACCGGGGCGAGGACCAGGACGCGUAUCUCUGCGUGUAUCUCUACCCGUACCGGCGCCGCUGGAUGGCCUGGGGUCCGGGGCGCCAGAGGGACGAGCGGCGCUUUCGGCUCGCGCUAAGAACGGAUGAUAAUGAUGAGGACGCGAACCUGCGCGAGGCGGAACGCUGGGCGCGCGCCAUCAACAGCGCGCAGCGCGCGGAACACGCGCACGGUGUGUUGUUAUCUGAGGUCCGCCGACCGCGUGGCAUGAUGGUAUUGGUCAAUCCUCAGAGUGGACAGGGCCAGGCGAUGGCUCUCUAUAACCGCCACAUACAGCGGAUGCUCACUGAGGCAGAUAUACCACACACACUCUUCAUCACAGAGCGUCAGAAUCACGCGCGGGAUCUGGUGAGGAGCGCUGACCUGACGGAGUGGGACGCUCUGGUCGUUCUGUCUGGAGACGGGCUGCUGUUUGAGGUGGUGAACGGUCUAAUGGACAGGCCGGAUUGGGAAAAGGCCAUCCAGACUCCUCUGGGAAUCCUGCCUGGGGGUUCAGGAAAUGCCCUGGCUGCUUCUGUCCAUCACUACACACGAGCAUCUCCGGUGUGGGGUGAAGAUCUGCUCACCAGCUGUGGGUUCUUGCUCUGUAAGGGUCUGGUGUCGAAACUGGACCUGGUCUCCAUCCGGCUGGCGUCCGGCGCUCGUCUCUUCUCCUUCCUGUCUCUGGCCUGGGGCUUCGUGGCCGACGUGGACAUCGAGAGCGAGCGGUUUCGGCCGAUCGGAGCGCUGCGCUUCCUCCUCAGCACGCUGCUGAGUCUGGCCUCCUUACGCGUCUAUCAGGGGAAGCUGGCGUUCCUGCCCGCCGAAAGCGAGCGAGAGUCGUCCUCAGCUGGGCUCUGUGGCGCAGACAGCCGGCUGCCUGACCGUCUGCUGGUCCCUCUGGAGCAGCCCGUCCCGCAGGACUGGACGCAGGUGGAGGAGCAGGAGUUCGUCCUGGUGCUGGCCAUGUUCCAGGCGCACCUGGACGAGGAUCUGCGGGCGGCUCCAGACGCACGGGUCGAUGACGGACUCAUUCACCUGUUCUACGUGACGGGGGGAGUCUCACGCCUCAUGAUGCUGCGGCUCUUCCGGGCCAUGCAGAGCGGGAAACACCUGGACUUGGGCUGCGCUCAUCUGGUGUACCGGCGUGCACGAGCGCUGAGGCUGGAGCCGCUGAGUACGGCCGGCGUGAUGACGGUGGACGGCGAGCGCGUGGAGUACGGGCCUCUUCAGGCGCAGGUGCACAGAGGAGCGGCCCGCCUCAUCUCAGCGUGAACCAGCCGUUUAAAACCUGAAGCAUUACACCACCGCACAACCCUGACUGCCUGCUGUUACACUUGAAUUCAAUUAGGGUGACCAAACGUGCCAUUUUCCCAAGCAUGAAGGUGGGAUCUUCAGAAAAGGGUCAAAGCGAUGCAAAUACGUGUAUAUUAGUGUUUGACUUGAAGCAGAUCGAUCGGUGUCUGACAUCACAGUACUGUGAGACGAUUCAGAAGCACAAGAAGCCGUCUGAUCAGAGCUCUCUUUGGAAAAUGGCACUUUUCGUCACCCUAAUUUAAUGUUUGUUUGUUUGUUUUAUUAAAGAAUUGUAACUGAGUAAACCUCAUGAAAAUAACGUCUAGGUCAUAUUUCGCUCCUGAAAUGAUAGUAAAAAUAAAUAAAGGGAAAUUAUGUUUUGCAUUUAGAAAAUAGAUAUUUUUUGCAUCCCAACACUAUUUUCAUGACAUAUUACAUCCCACAUUUUUAUUUCAAACUGUCAGAAUGCAAAGCAUAUUCACCUCAUGUUAAAAAUAAGCUGCGGAAAAUAAAUAGCAAUUUGCGAUUUUCUGACCACACAUGCAAAACAUGAUUUCUAAUUUAUUUUUUUCUGUGGUUUUGAGGGUGAGAUAUGAGCUGAACAGGUUGAGAUUCAUCAUCUCUGAUGAUUAUGCAUCUGAAAACAUGCUCAAGUUGCAUUUUAUCCAAAAAACAAAGGGGGAAAAACAAGAAAUUAUAUUUUACAUUAAUAAAAUAGGCUUUUAUUUUGUAUUUUUCUGACAAUUUUUUUAAUUGAAAAAC